AUGACCGGGGUACUUUCCGCACCUCCUGACUUUGAGAGAAAAGUAUCCGGCUUCUUUGAGCGACACUGUCAGGAUUCUAAGGGCCGAGGCUGGGACUUCAACCCCGAAAACUACAAUGCGCGAAUCGAAGCAGUCUCCCCAGGAUCAGGGGCCAGUUCUCCCCCCUCGGUGACCUUUGGCUUCGUCGUGACGGAGGAUAUGUGUAACUACACCCACCACCUUCAUGGUGGAUGCGUGGCCACCAUUAUCGAUACACUCAGCACCCUCUUUCUGCUCGCAUUGUCUAAACCAGGCCUCUACUCGCAAGGAGGUGUCAGCCGCCACCUGCACACCACUUACCUGCGGCCUGUCCCGGUGGGGAACGAGGUGCGCCUGGUAUGUAGCCUAAAGCAUGUGGGUAAGAAACUUGUUUUAUUGAAGGCGAACCUGUACAGAGUGGAUGACGAGGGGCUCUGUGUGAUUGGUAUCAAUGAGAAAGCGAACACGGAUCCUUCUAAGAAAGCAAGAAUCUAAGGCCUUCCGAGAACAUGUCAUAAUGAACCUUAUUCACAGAGUCUAUAUAACUCAAUGUCCACGUUCUCCCUGUAACCGCCAUUAUGCCAAGUGUAUAUGCACGUAAGCGAUUUGGGAAAUAGAAAGAGUCUCUUACGGCUGUUGGAAACUGGAAACUGCAUAUGUUACGUCAGAUAUUGUUAGUUCAAGCCACCAACCAACCUUAUUCCAGUAUGAAUGCAACACUCACACAAGAGUCCAGGAGGCCUGUCAUACUAAAAACGCCGUAGCGGGAACUGCGCUGGGGCCUGUGAAUGUUGAAGAUAUAGGGGCAGCGAUGUGAAUAACAGCUGUCACUCCCGAAUGCUCGAAUUGUCAGCUCUUAUCUUUCGCCCAUUCGUCCCGUAAUUGUUAACAAUAACAGCUCGUUUACAUUGAGCCAUAUGAUUGAAAGCACCCAGAAUAGUUAUAUCAGGCACAUGUUUAACCUUCGACAAGCCAUCACCACUUCACUCACUCCAAGUUUGUAGUCGCGUUCUCAGUUGACCCAAACGUGGCGAGUACUGUUCUGCGGGUUGCGAACCGGCCU